GGGAUUAAAGUAGCUCCCCCCUGUGGCAGCAGUGACCCAGAAAUGAGUUUGAUUCACAGAGUCCUUCCUCCAUAACAAGUAAAAACGUCAGUCGGAGUGAGAGAGUGUCUCUGUAUAUGUGUAUGUGUGUGAGUGUGUGUGUGUGUGUGUGUGAAGAGAGCCACAAUCUGCUCCCACUCUCCAGUGCUUGUCUGAACUCAUGAGGCAGCACAGACCCCUUCGCGCAGAGAAACUCCAACCUCACUGGCAACCAUCACAGCAGCAACAGCAGCAGCAGCAGCAGGCUGCCUGCUGUUUCCCUGGAAGAUCAUGAAACGAGGUCGACUUCCCAGCAGCAGUGAGGAUUCUGACGACAAUGGCAGCUUGUCAACCUGGUCCCAGCAUUCUAGGUCUCGGCACCGCGGGAGUUCAUGCUCGAAGCACGAAGAUCGAAAACCAUCAGAGCUGGCACCCAGCAACCUUUCUUCUGGCCAGGAGAUCAGGGAGCUCAGCUGCUGCCACAGUCCCUGCCAGCAUCAAGUGUUCAGAACGGACCUGAUCACUGCCAUGAAGCUGCCUGACUCUUACCAGCUAAACCCCGAUGAAUACUAUGUGCUAGCGGAUCCCUGGAGACAGGAGUGGGAGAAAGGUGUUCAGGUGCUGGUCAGUCCAGGGACCAUCCCAGAGCCAGUAGCCAGAGUUAUGUCGGAGACAAAAGCAGUCAUAUUUACGAGACCUCGGAAGUACAUCCUUUCCUCAGGUUCUGAGCCCCCUGAGCUAGGCUAUGUUGACAUUCGAACUUUGGCGGAAAGUGUGUGUCGCUAUGACCUGAAUUAUAUGGAUGUCGCAUGGUUGGAGCUGGCCAACGAAGAAUUCAAAGAAAUGGGGAUGCCUGAACUGGAUGAAUAUACUAUGGAGAGAAUCAUGGAAGAAUUUGAACAGCGAUGCUAUGACAACAUGAAUCAUGCUAUUGAGACCGAGGAAGGACUUGGAAUUGAAUAUGAUGAGGAUGUUGUCUGCGAUGUCUGUCAGUCUCCAGAUGGUGAAGAUGGCAAUGAGAUGGUGUUCUGUGACAAAUGCAAUAUUUGCGUUCAUCAGGCAUGCUAUGGGAUCCUAAAAGUUCCGGAAGGCAGCUGGCUAUGCCGAACUUGCGCUCUUGGUGUUCAGCCAAAGUGUUUGUUGUGUCCCAAGAAAGGCGGAGCCAUGAAGCCAACUCGCAGUGGGACUAAAUGGGUCCACGUUAGCUGUGCCCUCUGGAUUCCAGAGGUAAGCAUUGGAAGUCCAGAAAAGAUGGAGCCAAUCACCAAGGUCUCUCAUAUUCCUAGCAGUAGAUGGGCUCUGGUGUGCAGUCUUUGCAAUGAGAAGGUUGGGGCAUCUAUACAGUGUUCAGUGAAAAAUUGCCGCACGGCUUUCCACGUCACUUGUGCAUUUGAUCGCAGCCUGGAGAUGAAGACCAUUCUGGCUGACAAUGAUGAAGUCAAGUUCAAGUCAUACUGCCCGAAGCACAGUUCCACCAAGAAGCCAGAUGAUGAGAACCUCAGUGAAUGUAUCAGCCAGGAGAAUGAGAAUGGGGCCCAGGAUAGUUCCCCACCUGCUCACAUGGAGGCCUUUGACAGCAUAGAUCAAAACCAGGAGGAGGCCCACCGGGUCAGUGUCCGCAAGCAGAAGCUUCAGCAACUGGAGGAUGAGUUCUAUGCCUUUGUCAAUGCCUCAGAAGUGGCCAAGGCCCUGCAGCUUCCAGAGGACUCUGUUGAAUUCCUGUACCAGUACUGGAAGCUGAAGAGGAAAUCAAACUUCAACAAACCUUUGAUCACCCCAAAGAAAGACGAAGAGGACAAUCUGGCCAAACGGGAGCAGGACGUUCUGUUCAGGCGACUACAGCUUUUCACUCACCUCCGGCAGGAUUUGGAGAGGGUACGAAACCUCACGUACAUGGUGACCCGACGGGAAAAAAUUAAAAGAUCUGUUUGCAAAGUUCAGGAACAGAUAUUCAAUCUCUACACAAAUCUUGUGGAGCAUGAAAGAGUUUCAGGCAUGCCUUCCUCCUUCUCUUCUAUGGAAAAUAUGGUGCUCUUCAACAGCUCGCCUUUGGGCCCAGAUGCACCUAAGAUAGAGGACCUGAAGUGGCAUUCAGCUUUCUUCAGGAAGCAAAUGGGAAUGUCCCUGAGUCACUCUUUGAAGAAAUCACAGAAGAGAGAACGAAUAAGGAGCUCUGGACAAGAUGACAAAGCUUUGCUCAAGCAGCCCAGCCAAAGGGAAGGCCUUGCAACUCCUGGUAGCUUUUUCAGCUUUGAAAAGAGCUUUGCAGAAGCACAAAUUGGAUCAGCACAACAGAAGAAUGGGGUUGUUACAGCAGAACACAGGAAGAGAAGAGACAAUCAUUCCCAUUGUGAUGUGAUAAAGGGACUGAAGGACAAACCUUCCAAACACAACCACAAACCCCUGAGAUCCAACGAACUGUCUCAGAGGCAACUGGAAAACAAAAGGGCUGUGAAUCACCCAAGUGGUAGGUCGGCGCCUGGAACCCGGAGGAGUAUGGUGCCUAAAUGCAAUGGAUCCUUUUUAAAAAUAAACUAUAACCCGACUCCGGUUAAAGUGCCUACGACACCCAGAAGCCCUGUGAAAAACUGGGGAGGAUUUCGAAUUCCAAAGAAAGGGGAGAGACAACAGCAGGGAGAGGGGCAGGAAGAGACAUGCCGCCAGAACUCUAACUAUCCUUACUCCGGCUUGGGUCGAGUUUCCCCCAAGGACAGGGCAAAAAGCAACCUAAAGGUGGACAGUGAGAAUGACGGGUAUGCCCCUGAUGCGGAGAUGAGCGAUUCAGAAACUGAGGUGGCUGAGAAGAAAUGCAGGCAGCAAAGGAUUGGUUCAAAUAGCACUAUUACUAGAAGGACAGACAUUAUUCGGAGAAGUAUCCUUGCUUCCUGACUGGAGAGUGACACACAGCAGUAGUCCAGUGAAGCCCCAGCCUGAAAAAGAAAUCCACUCUGCAUUAUUUAUUGGUGUGAUAAGAAGGAGGGUCUUCAGACACAUCUACGAGAUCAACAAACUGCGAAUCAGUUUCCCUGGGCUGUAGAAACAUGUUUACGUGCACUUGACUAAGAGUUUGCCCUCCACCUGUCCUCAUUUCAGUGAGGUUUGAAUCUUUUUUUUUUUUUUUAAUUUGCGACUGUCCUGAAAUAAUCAUCUGAGAAAAUUACCUUGCUACUCCAAUAGAUAACUAGGUUGAACACUAAAUAAAAUAAUAAUAAUAAUAAACACUUAAUGGGGUAGAUUUGGGGUGGGGAGAAACCUGGUUUAGGUGGAUAGCACUGAGGAUUUUCCUCUGUCCCUGAAAAGCACAAGCUGUUAGUAAGACAAGUGAAUAAUGAAUUAAAUAUGGUGGUUAUAACCAUCCUGCACUGCUUAACUCAUUCUAAAUUGUCACUUUUGUCAGGCUGUGCUAGGACUGAGUCCUAGUGGCCUGCAAUUAUUUGUUGUUGCUUUAGCAUUCAGGAAGUUUUGGGCAGCUGGAAAUUUGAAUAGCUCUGGAAGGGUUUCUUAUGUAGCCCAUCAAAUAGGUAAGAAUACUUUACCAUGACUACUAGAGAUAAUGAACAGAGAGAACCAAACUGCCUAGUGGUAAAUACAGUAACGACAGCACACCGUGCUACUCUGAAGGGACCCAGACUAACAGUGGAUGAACACCACUCUGCUCCCAAAAUUUGGAGAGCCUAUAUGUCUUAAAGUACUUUACCUUGUUCUGAGAAGGAAAGCAGGUUCUUAGCCUGCUAUAUUCUGCUGACCAUCAAGGCACCUGUCACUAUGGAAUAUUAUGACAAUUCAACUGGGAAAGACUGAGGGCAGGUCUACACUGCAAUUAGAAACUGGGUUUACUGUCAUGGUUCUUUUGUCCUCCUCUAUCCCUUUCCCAAGCACCCUGGGACUUGUAGUUGUGAUAAGUGCCAGAUUGUUUGAAUUCUCAGCAGCUGAGCAGACUACAAUUCACAUUUUCUUGGGAGAAGCCAUGACAAGUAAAUGGGUUGAAUUUGGUCAUGAAAGUAUGCCCAGAUUUCUAAAGGCAUUAGUCGUCAGCCUUUCCCAAUGUGCACUAAUGGUAUGUGUUGGGAUAUGCAAGUUUCUGACACACAAGGGUUACUUUAAAUAAAAGUAAAAUGUAAUAAAUAUAUAUGUAUAUUUUUUGAAUAAAAUGGAAAGGCAAUAAGAUGUGAGUUGCGCUUUACAUUCAAGCCAGUUUAACAACGUGAUUUCAUGAUAUAAGAUUUGACCAAGAAGGAGCUUGUGUUCCAAUUACAUAGUUUUAAAAAAAUUGCAAUAACUAGAGAGUGUAAGCCAUCAGCAAUAAGAGGAUGAACAGAUCAUAGAGUAUUUUCUGCACCCAGGAGAGUGCACAGCAUAACAGGUAGUUCUAGACUGCUGUAACUUUAGGGAUUCAACCUGGCUGUACAUCGGACAUAACUUAAGUCACAAGAAAGUUUAAGCAGCAGUAUUCUUUUAAAAAAUACAGUCCUCCUUCCCAUGCAUUAACAUCAGUAUUCAGUCAAUUACUAUGAUUUCAUUCUGGCCCCUUCUCGAACAAGAGAUGGGUAUAAAACUCUUAUUAAAGAAAUGCUGAAGCCUUGCAAUUUAAGUCUUCCAAGGGUUUCAGCUGAGAACUGGAUUGCUGCUGUUCCAUCUUGCUAUGCAAGUCACUGAGUGAUUAAUAAUAGUGUCUAUUUGGAAAGAUUUACACAAGACAUCUUAUACGCAAGCAGUCCUGACCUCUGAAUGAAGAAAUGUGUGAACCCAUGAAUCAUUGAUAUAACUAGCAGCAGUUCUCAUGCAUUUUGUGAACCGGCCCUCAGAAGUUCAUCUCCAUUCUUUUGAAAGAGAAAUGACAACAUUAACACAAUUAGUCUCCAUUCAGAUGACCCUUGAUACUAUGGUUUGGAAAUGAGCUGUUGGUUCACAUGCUCCCUCCUCUGCGAUCACACUUGGCUUUCCUUUUCAGCUUCUCAUUUAGCACCAAGUAUAAUUUGCUGUGAUGUCAGACUCAGCCAAGCUAUAUUUAGUGCUUGCCCCAAUUAGAAUCCAUGGCUGCAGAUUCUAGUUUGGAAACAAGCAAUAACGAUAGUUUAUAGAUUCAUAUGUCAUGGCAAACUAUGCCCAGUUCUAAAAAGGAAACUGAAAGGGGAUGCAUAGGUAUGUGUGAGGGGAAUGAGGGCAUGUCUGUGCCUGAAGCUCACAUGUGAGUCUUCAUAGUAAAGUUUGGAGGAUCAUCUGAAUGGAGCCUUAAUCUGUAAUAACCCUAGGCCAGGAGCUGCUCUGUGUACACUAGAGCUUCAGUUACGCCCAGGUGGGACUUGUUGCAGAUGCUUCAUUGCCAGGGUAAUUCUCCCAAACUGAAGUGAAUGGAGCAGCCCCCUCUCUUCUCAGAAUCCAGGCAGAGCUUGGGAUCAGGAUGAAUGGAAUUAACAAGCAUAGUAUGACUGAGGCCUUGAUCCUAAACAUGAUUAACACAUUGGCACCAUUUUAGAAUACAUCUGGGAAAAAGAGGUAGUUGAUAAAGCCUUUUUGUUUCUGGUUAAACUACUCAUAUCUUACAGGUUUGUUGACUAGGUUUGCUGCCUGAAAAGCAGACAUGUUCUUAUUUAAUAUGACGAGGGAUGUGAGAUAUAUACUGUACUGAAAAGUGAAUUUGUUUCAGGUGAGGGUUGACUGAAAUGAUAUUGAUUAGAUUGCCGUGUAGGGAAUUGUUCAUCAAGCCAUAGAAGGAAUAAAAUAAAAUUUGAUUCUAAGUAAACAUUAUUCGAUGUUAUGACCAAUUGAAAAAGUGGUAUCAGAUAACAUUUGCACUAUUAGGAAUGCUAGCAUUUGUGCAGAAAGAAUGCCUUAUCUGUUUUGCUCCCCCCACCACAUUUAGGUUAAUAAGCUUUCUGAUAUUUUGAAUAAUGCUGAACCAAAAAUUUUAAAAAAGAAGAGAAACAAUGCUUUCCCCCAUCUCUAACUGCAGAAAUAGGGAAAAAAGCGGUAGGACCAGACCAGCUGUAUGAGUUAGUUUCAAGCGAUACUUAACACUCAGCUAGUGAAGAAUGAUAAAGCAGUAACCUUUACCUAUCACUGCAUUUGUUUUGUUGAUAUGGAAACAACUGAUUUAUUGUUAAGCUUCACCUUUUCCUUAUGCAGACUGUCCAAGCAAUCUCCUUGAAUAUAAUUGGUGUACUACAAUGAAAUGUAGGCUAAUAAACAUGUUUGUAAUGUUGACUGGAAUGCUGUCUUUUAGGUUCUGGACACACACACACACACACACACACACACACACACACACCCCAGUCUAAAUGAAUGAAAGGUUAUACAUGUCAUGUGUACAAAUCUUAUCUUAAUUUUAAAAUUUUGGGAAAAAAACCUGUCAUUACAUUUGUAAAACCUUGUACAGAGAAUUUUUCACUAUGUGCCUAGCUUUGGUGUCCAUUUUGCUCAAUUUGGGGAAAAAAAACAGGUGCAUGACAACAAAACAGAUAGAAUCAGAAAUAAAGUAUAUGUAGAGAUGACUAUUUUAUAUUACAUGGCCCAAUCCUGUAUUUAUUUUCCUCCCCUUUUUGAAGUAUUUAUAAAGACCUAGUUGAAGAUGGCUGUAUUUUUUUGUUAAAAUAUUUAGUAGAAUUGUGCCUUUGUCUGUAUGUGAAUAAAUGCUGUACAUUUUGCAAUACA